AUGGGUGCGCGAUUAGUUGUGCAAUGCGUUGUCGCGAUCACUGCAUGGAUGUGCAACCAUAGUGGGUAUCGCAGCAGCAUGGGCUUCAUUGUGGAGCGGUGCGUUGAGCAGAAGCCCAAGCCAAAGCGAUUCUCCUUGCUCGGAAGCUCGCCAAAAGACGAAAGGGCCUGCCAGGAGGGCAACAUCGGUGAAGCAUUUGUUCUCCGAUCAAGUUGGACUAAGAAGUACGUGAAGAUUGGAGGACUUCUCGACUGGUAUGCUCUACAAGUCUCAGGCCGAAGUGCCGAUGACGCAGCCGUGUUCACUCCCAGGCCGUUGAACUGUGGAGGUCACAAUGAGUCAUACAGCUUCGCGUUGAAGCUGCACGGGAAGGACAAAUAUCUGAGCCUGCAGCCAGACGGUUCGGUUUCAGUGGACAAAGUAUCCGAUGAUUCCGUGGGCAACAACCACAGCCUCAUUGCAGGCUUCGAGUGCUUGUUGCCAGCUACGUCCUAUGACAUUGUUAUCUACGAACAGCAGAUUGGUCUGACCGUGAGCAAGGACUUGCCACUGCGAGUAGUUGGUUUCAAGAACGUGGUGCAUGUCUCCGGGCGACCACCGGAGGCAGGCCCCGCCGAAGCCAGCGGCCGCGUUCGGGUGGGUGAUGUGAUCACCUCUGUUAACGGACAGGACGUGACAAAAUGGGAGCGCCAGGCCGUGCUCAGCCUGAUCAACGAGAAGCGGCCAGUGACCCUUCGGUUUCUGUCGAUUGAUCCGACCUGA